UUGUGUGCUGCGACGGAAGGGUUUGCCGUGCACGGAUGCCUUGAGUUGUGUGACAGCUGCCCGAAUUUACGUCUAAAUGUCUCGAUUUAAGCCUGCGCUUCAACCUGAGAUUUUGCGGGCUCAUCAGAAAGACGAACAGCACAUCGCGUCGCUGCAGAGAGAUGUGUCGGAGAUCGCCCGUGCUUUACUUGGAAUGCGACGAUGGAUAAGGUGGCGUUUAGAGGUGGACGCAUUUGCCAGCUUCGUGUACUACUGUGCGACGACGCUGAGCGGCUACCAGACAUUGGGCGAGGAAUACGUGCACAUUUUGCAGCUGGGCCGGACCCUCAAGACAGUACCCACACUCGCCCAGAGGAUCACAUUCGUGGUCCUGCAGUCAUUCGGAGGUAACUUGAUCAGCAGGACGUUGAAGCUCGUCAAAAAGCGACGUAAUGUCGACGGGGAAGCGCUGAACACGCUUGUUACGAGAGCCCUGCAAGUGCACGUGAUAUUGUUCUAUCUCUUCGGCGGAUACUACAGUCCCGCCAAAAGGUUGACAGGAAUCAGAUACGUGCUGAUAAGAAACUGGCUCUCUACACCAGACGUUGCGCGCUACUACAAAGUGUUGGGUUGGCUCUCGCUAAUUGAGUUCGGGGUGUCGCUUCAGUCGGCGGUUAAGUCGCUGAAGGCAUCCGAUACCGGCGACAGUGGCCACGCCGAAUCAUCAUCGAAAUACAACUGUUGCAUGUGCGUCGACUCUGCGAAGAAUGCAUCAGUAAUACCUUGCGGUCACGUCUACUGCUGGUAUUGCAUCACCGGUUGGUUGAGAACUAACAAACAGUGCCCCUUGUGCAGGGAGCCUUGUGAACCCCAACAAACUGUCCUACUACGAAAUGUAUGAUGAACUUGUAUGCAACACAUGAAACGAACUCAUCUAUACGGAUAUCUUUUUGAUCUCUUACUGAAGAGCCAACGAUGAAAAGCUUUACUUCGAGUUGCACAUUCCUGGUAGUACAACCUCCGUACUUAUGUGUACGACUGUGAUGGGGAUAGUUCAUGCAGGUUCAGCUUUUCAACAGCCUUUUAACAAUGGUAUAAUUUCCUUCCUGAUCCUCAAAACUGUGUAAAGCUCUUUUCUGCUUAGUAUAUUGGGUCCUGCAAUCUGAUCGAAAAAAAGAAAUCCAUGCAACAUUUGUGUGCUCUUACGUGACCUUGCAAUUCUUUCAUUUUGCUUAUAGAUAACUGUAGUCACUCUGAACCAUGUAACUCCCAGUCUAAAUAACUUACUCUUAAAGGGACUGAUAACUGGCCAGAGUGUGUCACAACACACUGGUGGAAGGGGAGAGACUGUGAAUUAUAGUGGUUGAUUCGAGCACUCCUUGUGUGCUUUAAAUAGGAUUUGUAUUCUUAAAAUGCACUUGAAAUUCAUGAAAAACUGGAACAAUGUGUUGCCUGGCAGUCAAUAUUUGGUAAUGCGUGAAUGAGCCAUCGCAAUUUCUGUAUGUACUCUUCAGUUGCUUAGACGCAUCACAAUUCCCACUUAAAAUUACACUGUGUGUCUUACUAGGCAUUCAUGCUUUAUUCUGUGCUUAUCACGAAGUAAAAGGAGUUGACACUGAGAAGUGGUGCUGCCUUCACGGCAACUAGUGGAAUCAUGUUGAGUGGCGCAUGCGUCGUAGAACACAGCACACAAACACGAACCGUUAUCGCACUUACCUACCACUGUACAGCAUGUGUUGCGCGUAUGACUUCAUCGGCGCUGGAGAUCUAAAAAUUCGGAUAAAAAUGUUUCACGGCAUUUUGCGCAUUACCACUUCCAUGAUUACGCACUCCGACUGGUAAGCUGGUUGCACUAAAGAAAACAGGCACCAUAAAAAUUGGUUGUCUGUCCCUUUAAGAUUCUGAGGCUAGCCAGCUUCUGUAAAGGGAUGCUUUGAUGAAAUGAUAGCUUUGUUACAUGUGCAAAACUUUCCAUUGUUUUUGUUUAACCCUUUUCCUACCGAACACGAGCUGAGCUCGUCCACGCUGCAAGAAGCGUUUGGGAGCACCACAGUAAAACUACCCUGACUCGUUUUGUCGAGUCCUCUUUUUCUUGAAACAUCUAUGCCUCCCCACACAGACGAUCGCAAUAUAUAUUUCUUAGCGAGCGGUCCAGAUUUUUUGUGUGAGUGGUCUCGGUUACAUCGUCCUCAAAUAAUUUUUGUACAAAAGCUAUUGGAGCUCUUACAAGUA